UGGCAACUCUGGCAGAACAGCUGCUUUUGCUUUUCGGAGUUUCGCACAAACCACAACUGAAAAUCUAGAAUUGUUUUAAGUGAAGGCUAAAAAGAAACUCUGCAAAAUGAGCAGCUCAAAGAAAAGGAGUAAAGAUGAUCAAAUACCCAAACCAAUUAACAUCAAGAAGGAGAAAUCUGAGGAAGAUCGCACACUGCAUCCCAUUUCUCAUUACAUUGACGACCGUCUCGAGUUGGUAAAACAAAUCUUUGGCACCCUGAAGCCAAAGACGAUUAUGAAUCUGGCGCCAGAGUUUCUAAAGAAGACUGGUUUAGAUGAAAUCGAGGAGCUCUGCUUAAAUGAGCUACUCUGCAUCUCAACCAAACGUCUUAAAUCCAUUAUAGCAGACACUCGCUGCCCCACAGACACUGAGAGCUCGGACGACUCGGAUGUGGAGCACAAAGAGGAACACAUCUCACUGGAGGAGAUUUCAUCGGACAGCGACAUUGGUGGCAGUGAAUCACGUCGCGCUAAGAAAUUGCGGAAAUCAAACGCUAAAAGAGCCGAUAAAACCAGUGAAAAUAAGGAACCGGAUGGACAGAUCAGUGUUCUGGAGCUGCUUGAACUGCAGGCUCGAGCUCGUGCUAUUCGCUCCCAGCUGGCCAUGGAGCCCAUAACGAAGAUUGAGGUGAAAUCAGAUGACGAUGAGCCGGCAGAAAAUAAGCAACAGGAAAAGGAAAAGACCAAGGAUAAGCACAGUCAAAAAACAUCCAGCCAGGCAAGCAAGCGAAAGUCCAGCGAACAAACAAGGAAUGAUAUUGCCCCUAAAGAGCAGUUGCAUCAGCAGACUAAUGGGCACCAUGCAAAUGAAGCUCCAGCUCCUAAAAAGAAGAUAAAGCUGAAGCGCAACUAUCGUAAUCCAACCAAGUCACCGGAAAAGGAGCCAGCAAUUGUAGCAAUUCCAGCUAAAUCAAAGCCAGAGAUCAAUCAGGAGCCUCAGAAAUCUCGUUCAGCGUCACCGGAUGUGAUACCUAUUCAAGCAGAACCGGAAACACUGUUAAUAAGUGACAGCACAGACGAUGAGGCGCCCGUGAAGCCAAAGGAGUCAGUUGUAGUGGAAUCACAAUCAACUGCACCACCAGCACCAGAACCAGCACCAGAACCAGCUGAGGAAAGCGAACCCGAAGAGGGGGAGGUUAGAGAAGAAAGUGAAACUAAAGCUGAAUCUCAGAAUCAAGUUCAAACGAAUGAGCAACAGAAGCCGCCAGAAACUGAAACGGACUCAGCAACUGUUGAGACUCAGAAUCCAUCUGAAAUCGUGCAGACUGAAGAAACCGUCAAAGAGUCUGAGGAGCCCUCUAGCAACAUGGAAAGCAUUGAGACAGUUGCUGAACCGGAGCAAGCGCAGCUAAAUAUUCCCGUUGUGGACGACGAGGAUCAAAACGAUGAUGUCAUUUCAAUAGGCGGUGAUCUGGAGCAUGAAAUGAUAGAAGAGUUAUCCAAAGUGGCAGAAGAGCCAGUUGUUAAAGUGAAGAGCGAAAAACUGGCUGAGCCAGAUGAGGAGGACAACGAUGUUAUAUCGCUAAACACCAGCGAGGACGAGCACGAGAAGCUGGAGACAACCAGCUCUGAGUCGUGGCGAACACGCUACUUGAAGAGCUCCAAGGUCAAUCAGGUGCUCGCCGCGUCGCGACUGGGAAAACGUGUGCGUGAUAAAAUCAAGGAGUCGAAACGUGCCCAAAAGAAGCACAGCAAGGGAAGAGCGGACGUCGAUGAAAAGGCUACGCAGCAGCAGCAGCAGCAGACAUUUAAUUCCAAGCACGAGGAUGGCUCCAUGGAGCAAUACCAAGAACUUUUACAGCACCGACAGCGCAAAAGUUCCAACAGCAGCAAGGGCGACAAAUAAACGACUCCGACGACAGAGACUGUUAUUGAAAAGUCGCUCGGUAUAUUGCCUAGACGUUGAAAUUAUAUAGCAUAUAAAAACUCAAAUAAAAUAGGUCCCAAGCAAAGCACAGAAAAUUUGAAUAUUUCGUGUUAAGCGCAUAUUUGAUUUUCUUGUACUUUUUCAUUAUUUCUGUAUACCCUGUAAAAAGGUUUAUUAAAGUAUGUCACUAUGCAGAAGAAAGAA